GGGGCAAAGAGGAGGGCAGCCAGUUCAGUACAAGCUCUAGGACACAAAUCUACCUGGAAAUCUAUAUUCCUCCUCCUCUGAGCCACACCUUUUCUGGGACCUUCUGGGACCUGUGCCUUCCUGUGGAUACCUGGGUCUUAGCCAUGCCUCUCACCACUCCUGCCCCUUCUAACAAGAGGAAGAAGGACAACAAGAUUAUCACUGACCUGUCCAGCGUCAGCCAGAAUGAUGAUGACUCCGACCCCGAGGCCUCUGAGUUCGACCUGGGCACAAAGAUCAAGAUGCCCAAGGACACCAUGCUGGAGGAGCUCUCCCUGAACACAAAUAAGGGCUCCAAGAUGUUCAAGAUGAGGCAGCAGAGAGUUGAGAGGUUCAUCGUGACCACCAUGAAUAAGCAGAACCUUGAGAACCUGCUGAUGUGCCCUCCUCCUGUUCCACCUAAGCCUGAGAUGCCAAAGGAAGAAGUGGUGGAUGUACCGGUGGAUGAGAAUGCGGAGAAGGAGAAGAGAAGGAAGGAGUAUGCAUGCAUCUACAUUUCGCCUUGGGAACGGGCCAUGAGAGGCAACGAAGAGCUGACAGCCACCAUGAGGUCCUCCAUGCCGGGACCUAUCCAGAUGCACCUAGAACUGCCUAUGUACAAGAGCUUCAACAGGACAGCGUUGCCAUUCGGCGGCUUCGACAAGGUGCCCAAGAUGUUGACCUUCGAGCUUCCAGAGUUCAACGAUGCCAAUGACGAGCAGGAGACUCUGCCCGGCAUGCAGGCCAACAUGUGCUCACGCCCCUCAUUCAACCGUACGCCCAUUGGCUGGAUCUGCAGUGAGGACAACUCAAACAUCCACAUGGACCUGGACAACAUGCCCUUCGAUGGAGAGACAGACGACCUGUGAACAUGCAUGCACACACAAGCAGUACAUGUACUGGAACUCAUUAACACACAUGAAGAAUUCACCUUGUGUAAGCAUGAGAGCAUUAUGCACGGUUCAUAAUUCACACCAUAUACACAACAAACAUGAGCACUUUUAGAACAGCCAGAAACAAAAAAAAAACAUAUUUAAAAAAAGACAAAGUCAAGUCUUACCAUUAUUUUGCAUGCUGUGAGCCAA